CACCCUACCACCACCACCACUCUCUCCCUCUAAAACCUUUCUCUUUCUCUCUCUAAAAAAAUUUCACUUUUGAAAUUUUUUUGCCGAUCAGAUACGAUUCUUCACCGGAUCAAGAUUUUCAAUGGGAUGUGACAAAACAGAGAACCUGCCAGACCUAAGUGUUGAUGAGGGAAAGAAGAGACCAGAGGAGGAUCUAAAUUCAAGAUUUUCAAUGGGAGGUGACAAAACAGAGAACCUGCCAGAUUCAAGUGUUAAUGGUCUUUCUCUCAGCGUCAGUCAAAGUGGAGCUGUUGAUUAUAAUGGUGUUAUCCAAGGUGGGUUCAGUUCAGGGGCUAAUGUCACAUCGUUUCCUUUUGUAUCUCUGCCUGCGGUCCGUCCUCUUCCAGGAAAUGUUAAUGAGAUUGAGGUGGCUGAUUUGAUGAAUCUCAAUUCCUUACAUCGCCACCAUCUUCAACCGAAUUUGAUGAAUGUAAGAAAUAUUUCACCCAGCUUUCACAGUCCAUCAGCAAUGUCACAUCGCAUGAAAAAUAAUGCAGAGAUAAACCAUUCAAAUGCGAAUAACAAAACACCGACCUUGAAUAGACUCAUGAAUGAAGGUGUCUUGUCCAAGAGCUUCCAGAAUCCUGGGGCUGGCAUGAAUUUUAUGCCUAUGCAAAGCAGUGGAGCUGGAUGUUUUGAAAAGGCUGGGGAAGGAACAGGUAUUAGUCAAAUGCCUGGAAGCCCUUUUGGCGUAGGGUAUAAUGUGCAAAAUGCUAUAGGUAUUGGCGGAAUAGGGUUUCAAAAUUAUGCCAACGUCAAUCAUGUUCCUUUUCAGUCACAAGGGAUGGAUGGUAGUUUUCUGACCCUUGGAAUGGGAAGUAAUAUAGAGGAUAGAUCAAUUCUUAGAUUCAACAGCAAAGAGGUCAGCAGCAGACUGGAGGAAGCUGCUUUACCACAAAAUAACAAUUCUCACAUCCAACAAACAAGAAGAAAUCCUCCAAGUUUAAUUCAUGGUGCUCCUGGUGGUAUUACAAAUUUCCAGUGUGAUAGUGGUGGUUUCCCAAAUUCAGCAGCCUUGAAUUCGGGUGUGCUUGCUCCAGACUCUAGAAUCAGUGCACCUCCAUUUAUGUAUGCACCAGAUGUGAGACUCAACUCAUCUAAUGCCAGAAAUUUUGGUGCUGUUGGUAAAGCUGAUCAAAGACUUUGUGAACCUGAUCCUCUCAUGUAUGCCCAAGGUGGUUUGCCUCCUCCUCCAAUACCAUUUAGCAGCAAUUCAACUUUACACCCUCAUCUUGGAUUUGGUAGAAUGGCAGCAGCUCCUGGAUCUGCUCAACAGCUUAGGGUAUUAGCUCAACCAACUGUUAAUCAGCAGAGCAACCUGUACACAAACAUGGUCAGGAAUCAAUCUUUCAUGGGACCUGCUAUUCUCAGUCAUGGUGGCGGCAGAGUGAGGCAAGACCAAUUAGGUCAGCAAUCUUUUGUCAAUGUUCUGAAUCCUUGGGGGAAUAACCUAUAUUCUGAAGGAAUGGGAGCUCAAAUUCAGGGAUGGAGUGGCAUCCAACCUGCCCUUGUCAAUCAAUUUCCCAAGAGGCUAGGUGUCCAGCUUAAUGACGGAGCUAUUUCUCAAGCAACUCGAGAGGGUGUUCUUCCUGGCACGGGCGGCAUCCAGCAAACUAGAGUGGGUAACUCGUAUCAGUCUCAAAAUCAUGGACCUAAAAUGCACCCCACUGAACUUCUUAACCCCUCUUUUGCAAUGGGUCUGCCUCAAGUUGGUUCAUCAGCAGAGUUUAAUGUUAGUGGACUCCCAUAUCAUGCUGGUCAAGGCGUUCCAAUAUCAAAGGUUGAUGUGGCCCCUCAGGCUUCAAAUCUUGAUGGUCCCACUUCCCUCAAAAGAAGAAGACCAAGUAAAGCCCCUCCAACUGCUCCGACGUCUCAGCGGAGGAGAAAAUUGACUCAGCAUAGUAAUCAACUGCUGAUAGCACCUCCGAGGCCGAUCACUAUUGCUCCAGUUCCUGCAUCUUCUCCUUCUCUUCCUGCUCUCUGUGCAAAGUUGCAAGCAAGAUUGGAGGAACCAGCUCAACUCGUUGCAGAGAACUGCAAAAUAUGCAAGAGGAAUGUGAUGUUCAAUCCUGAAGGCCCUUUUACUCGUCCUGCUAUAGCGCCACCGGUUGCUGUUCUUCCCUGUGGGCAUGUAUUUCAUGACGAGUGCCUGCAGAAAAUCACACCACAAGAUCAAGCAACAAAUCCUCCUUGCAUACCUUGCGUUAUAGGUGAAACAUAAUGUGACUUCAAUUGUUUGGAAGGGAGAGGGCUUAAAUUUUGUGAAGGAGAAUGAAAGGGGCUCCCAAACAUUUUUUUUGUAAAGGAUUAGGGUAUAGUUCGUGGAGCUGUACAUAUAGAAGGUGGGGUGACAAUAGGAUUCCCCCCCAUGGGUAGAGAUUAUGUAAAGUUACAUAGAAACUCAGCAUUUAAACCCCUGUGAAUGAGAGAGAUAUUAAACUGGAACUUACAACUAAGAGCUG